GCCUGCCUCUGGAAGGAUCCCUAGUAAAGUAUCCGAAGCUGGCUGGCAGUUCCGGAAGUAUUGGCUACUUGGUCGCAGAGUCAGGAGUCGUGCGUGGGAGGAGGGCUCAGCCUUCGACCGCAUGUCCUUUAUGGACCUCGCCAGCACCUCCUCCAGCUUUCAGUCGGACUUGGAUUUCUGUCCGGAUUGCGGCUCGGUCCUACCUCUUCCCGGGGCUCAGGAUACAGUCACCUGUACUCGCUGUGGCUUCUCCAUCAACGUGCGGGACUUCGAAGGGAAGAUUGUGAAGACCUCAGUGGUGUUCCACAAACUGGGGACACCUAUGCCUAUGUCGGUGGAGGAAGGGCCUGAGUUCCAGGGACCUUUGAUUGACAGGCGCUGCUCUCGAUGUGGUCAUGAGAGAAUGGCAUACCACACCAGACAGAUGCGUUCAGCCGAUGAAGGGCAAACUGUCUUCUACACCUGUACCAACUGCAAGUUCCAGGAGAAAGAGGACUCCUAAUCCUUUUUUCUGGGGCGACUCAAGAAUUCCUCCCUCCUCUUCUUGGAAAGUGAAGGAUAUUGUGUUCUUAGAUAUCUUGUCCAUCUCCUCUGGUUGCAAUGUUUUGCUCCCAGAGAAGAAUCAGAUAAUCAUGUGGGGAUUAUCAUUGUCCCCAGAGUACUCCUACCCCUGGUUGAGUUUCUUUAUUAAAGUUAUAUUUUUCUAUAAGACC